AUGUCGAAAAAACAACUCCAAGAUCAAGGUUUGAAAGAAGUGGCGACUACGAGUGUUAUGCUGAGGAAUAAAACACGUGCAAGUAUGGCCAGUAUGAAUAUUGGCAGGGGAUGUGUUGAAGGCCCUGUAGAUGUUCCAAAGGACUUUUUUAAUGCAAGCAGCUUAGGAGAAGCAGUAAUGCAGACUGUCCCCGAGGAGAGCCUACAUGGUGCUAUGCAGAUGCCUGGUGCACACAAGUACCGCUCCUCUGUUUUAAUUGAAAAUUUUUCAGAGAAUAGCGAGAGGCUCAAAAAUUCAGAAUGCACUAAUUUAAUGAGUGUAGGAGAGACAAAGCUGUCACAAAGGAGCAAGAAAGGUAUGCAGCAAGAAGUACAGAAGUUCAAAAGGAAGCUGAGUAGGAUUGAGGACGAGCUUAAAAAGAUCAAAAAAAAGAGGAUUGUAUUUAACGAAAAAGAAAAAUUGCUAAAAAGUAAGAGAAUUAAGGUUGUAUCAAAGAUUAAACAAAGAGAGAUACCGUUGGAGUACUUUGAGGAGCUCCACGAGUCGCAGAAAGAAGUAGAACCGUACUUGAUCGCAGAAGAGGAUUUCAUGGAGCAGAUGGCGAUUGAGAAGCUUGUUGAGCUUAGUAGAAAAGCAAAUAAAUACUGA